AUGGCAGAGAAAUUCGCAGGAUUAUUAGCAAAAUGGAUGGAAAGCAAAGGGCAAAGUGUGGACGCCCAUGCACAAUUGGAGAAAGAAAUGAAGGGAAUGUUCUCGGCGUUGGGGGGGCGUCUGGAGGAAAUGAAGUUCCCGGACGAAAUGAACACGGCAUGUGCGAAUGUCAAGGAGAGGUACGGGCCGACGGGGCGGAGCCAUGACAAAUUAAUAUGUAAAACUCUCAUACGAAUAGUUUAUUGGAUGAAUGGAAUAGAUGAAAAGGGUAAACCGGAAGUCGAGGAUAGCCAAGGGGGGGAGGGUCUGAAAGAACUGAAACAAUAUUUAAGGUGUAUAGUAGGUUACAGUGCUAUGAUAAAACUCCUCAGUAAUAAGCGCGAUGUGGAAAAUAUUAUAGAAAAUGUUCAGAAGACUACGGCAAAAGCAAUAGGAAUCGGGGGCACCGGGCUUCUUAAUGAGAAAUGCGAGGAUAUCAAAUAUGGGGAUAUUUCAUUGGGUUCCCAAAUUUUAGGGAAACCUUUGGCAGAGUGGGUACAGAAUUUGAACAGAGAAGGAGGAAUGUUAAGGGCAUAUAUGGGUUGGACACUAGGAAUGAAGAAGGGUGAUGCAAUCCAGGAAAUAGACGAGAAUAACGAUCGUGGGACGUCAGUUAUGGAAUUGUUAAGGGAGAAAAAAGCUCCUGCCAUAUACAAGGAAGUUACUCCCCCUGCUGGUGCAGCUCCAGCAGAAGACAAAUUAAAAGAAGUCCUACAGAAAGCACAAUCGUGUCAAGCAGGACCAGGAAAUAAGACCAUGAAGGACUGUAUACAGAAGAAAAUGGAAUCAACAUUAGCUGAAGUAUGCAUGAAGAACGAAGAGGGAAAAUUUUGCGAUCGACUAAAAUGUGCAAAAGAUUAUUGGCAGCUGAAGGAAGGGCAGAGCAACACCGGAGAUUUCUGGGGCAAACACGCCAAGGAUAAAUUGGAGAAUCUCUUUGAUACAGCGAUUUCUGGUAGUACUACCACCGCAGGUGCCCAUUGCGACACCAUUGCAGGCUUAGAUACUGCAAAUAAAGCAGCUUGCAAACUGUUUACUGCUAAAUUAGAACAUAUGUACAAAAAUGGGAGUGGUGGUCCUGACCAAUUGUCUGAUCAAAUUAUUAAAUGUGUUCUGUUAAAUGCUUACGCUAAAAGAUUAAAAGAGGAAGCCGAAAAAAAAGGAUAUUGUGACAUAGAAAAAGGUUUGAAGAAAGCUUUCGAUCAAAGCAGUACCGUUAUGUCUUCGUCAGGUAAAUGCAAAACUGGUUCUAAUGACAAUAAUUGUUUUGAAUGUAAUUGGACCAACAUCACUAAUGACGGACUUGAUCAGUGCACCAUUCCCAAUGGCACCAACCAAAAUGACCAAGUACAGGACAAAGUGAAAGAAUUGUUCCUGAAGAACACCCAAACGCAGGACGACGGAAUACAAAAAACCUUGGCUAAGUUCAAUGAAGGAAAUUCCUUAUGUGAAUACGUAAAUUGUGCCGCAAAGCGGGCGGAAGAGAACAAGGGGGGAUCGGGGACUGGACAAAAAGACUUCUGGAAGGUGGAUGAUGGCGCAGUGAAGACGCUGUGGACAGAAUUGUCCACAGCAAUGGAACAGAGUAAAGGAGCAGGAGAGGAGAAAUGUAAUAAAAUGGGUGAUAAUGCCAGUGCAAGGGAUGCAACUCAUUCUGAAAGGAAGGCAUGCAAUUAUUUGCAUGCCGGAUUAAAAAAACUGUACGAUGGUCCUACGACGACAGGCGACAGCGACAUCCUUAAGAAGAACCUAUCGUUCAGACAAGCGGUGGGUUGUUUCUUACUUCAUUCCUAUGCAAAACAUAUGAAAGAAAAAGCAGCUUGUGAAAUAGAAGCUGGAAUAAAAAGGGCAUUUGACACUGCUGGGAAUGGUAAGAGUGGUAAUUGCCAGAAUGGUGGCAAGGAACUUUGUGUCCUUUGCCAAUGGAAAGAAGACGACUAUGACAAAUGCAAAAUUAAGGCAGGUGGCACCACAACUGAAACGAAUGUUGAGAACAAAUUGAAGGACAUCGUCAAUAAGGACAACAAGGACACCAGCAUUCAGACAAUGGCGAAGGAAGUAAAUAACAUGGAAUUCUGUGAUCGCGUCCAAUGUGUCACAGCCCAAUGGAGGAAACAUAGGAAUACAGGAAAUGCGUUCCUUCGUACUUGGACUCCAGUAUGGGAAGAAGUCAAGAAGGAAGUCACCUCAUUCGACAACGCCCUGCCUGACAGUGGGGGCAAAGACACCCAAGCAGACAGUCUAUGCAAUGACCUUACAUGCCCAAAUGGUGAACAGGAUUGCGUAAGCAAGGAAACAUGCAAAAUUAUUAUUAAAGCAUUGAAGAGUAUACAUGAAAUGCAGGAGAACGGAUCCGGUUCUGAGGGGGUAAAAUUGAAUGACCGAAUAUUUCGUUCUUCCAUGCGCUGUAUAGCGCUCAAUGCAUUGAUGCACAAAUUAAAAGAUCAGGCGGACAAGGGAGGUUAUGGUUGUGCUGUACAGAAAGGAAUAGAAGAGGCGUUUAAGGUUGGGUCUGAGAAAAGGGACACUUGGUGUGGGAAGGAUAAUAAUGGGAAUGGUAAGAAUGUGGGUUCCUGUGAGGAAUGUGGAAAGGAUAAUCAGUGCUUCAGUACUAAAGUUGGGGAAAAAAACCUGUGGACCGAAGUGUUGGGUAUGUUAAUCACCCCCAACAUACAACAAACAUUAUCCAAAAUAAAUAAGGAAGCCACUUUAUGUGAUCGAAUGAAUUGUAUAAUAAAACAAUGGAUUGAUACCAAUAAACCAGCCACAGGAGGGGGAACAUCCGCAGGAACGGACACAUUCUGGGAUGAGAAUGGCGCAGUGAAGAAAUUGUGGGAAGAAUUGGCAGAGAAAAUGAAGAAGAACGGCAAGACGGAUCAAGGAAAAUGUAAUGAAUUGCCAAAUCCAUCUGACAAGACGGCAUGCAAUUUUUUGCAUGCCGGCUUAAAACAACUGUACCAGCCGGAUCCGGCGACGGCGACGCCGGGAGGCGGCGCCGCCGGCAUCCUAUCUGAAGACAACCCAUCGUUUAGACAAACGAUGGGUUGUUUUUUACUUCACGCUUAUGCAAAACACAUGAAAGAUAAAGCUGUUUGUGACAUAGAGGAAGGAAUAAAAAAAGCUUUCGACACUGUUAAGAACGGUCUAGGUACUAAUACUAAUUGCAAUGAUAGCGCCAAUGGCAAGGGACCUUGUGUCCCUUGCCAAUGGAAUGAUGCCAGCAUUGACAAAUGCGACGUAAAGACUGGCAUAACUGGCUCAGCGGAGACUGCAAAGGAGAAAGUGAAAAAAAUUAUCGAGGAAGACAAGACCAACAUUCCGCCAAUGCUAAAGAACAUAAAUGAAAUGAAGACUUUAUGUGAUGGUUUAAAAUGUAUAGUAUCCCACUUAAAUUCGCCCAACGCACAACAACAGAAAGUGAGCACAUUUUGGACGGAAGGCGGCGAAGUUGGCGAACUAUGGAAACAAUUGGCAGACGCUAUGACGAAGACAAAUAAUAGCAACGAAGGUCAAUGUGGUAAGAUGGAUAAUGGCACCAAUGGUCAGAGGGAUGCUACAAACCCUGAAAAGAAGGCAUGCAAUUAUUUGCAUACCGGCUUCAACAAACUGAAGGACAUUACUGCGUUCACACCGUCUCAAGCCCAAAACGGUAAAAUUUUGGAUAAGGACCCAUCGUUGACACAAGCGAUGGGUUGUUUUUUACUUCAUUCUUACGCAAAACAAAUGAAGGACGGAGCGAAAUGUGAAAUAGAAGCUGGAAUAAAGAAGGCUUUCGAUCUUGGCAAAGGUUUAAGUAUUAAGGGUACUUGCGAUGGUGGUGCUGGUUCCAGUGGCAACGAACCUUGUGUUCCGUGCCAAUGGGAUGAAAACAUCCUGGAAACUUGCCAAAUUACCACAAAUGGCACUCCCGAGAAGGUAGAAAAGAAGUUAGAACAUGUAGAAUCUGAUAUUAACAAAACCUCCACUACCAACUUAACGGAAAUAAACAAAACAGAGUCUUUAUGUGACUAUAUUAAAUGCGCCGGACCCAAAUGGUUCAAAAAGAACCAGGGGAAGAAUGGUGGUGCUGCUACUAACAAGACAUGGUGUCAAUUUUGGGAUAAAGGCGUUAAACCAACACUAGAGGAGAUGUUCAAACAAAUCGAGACGAAUGGAAAGAACCCUAAUCCUGCAUGCACCACCUUUGGUGAUGGUAAUAAACAUAGUGUUGAAAGAAAAGCAUGUAACCAUAUCACAGCAGGACUACAGCACAUUAAAACAAUUACAAGUAAUACCUCCCCUCCUAAUGGUAAAGACAACCAACUGCUCGAUGGAGCAGUUGGUUGUAUUGCUCUUAACAUGUACGCUGAUCAAAUAAUCGAAUCGACGAAGGAAAGUUGUCCCAUUGGUGAGGACAGAAUAACACAAAUAUUCAAAACAUGGAAUGAUCAAAAUAAUAAUAAUUCUUCGUCUUCGCCUUCGUGUUUGACCUCUGGUGGUAAAAAUAAUUGUUUCAAAUGCACAAGGCAUAAGGACUUUAAUGGUUGCAAACUAAGUGUUGACAGCUCUUUGGUGGAUAAAACAACAAAUGGAAGUUGCUCUUUUAACGAAGACAAAAAGGACGUCCAAAAACAAAUGGGAAAUCUCCUCAACAACGAAGACCAAACCAAACCCAACUUCAUUAAAUCCAACAUAACGACCACCUUAUCUUUUAUCACUAACAUGACCUCUUCUUUCUGUACUCAAGUCCAAUGCGCAGCAAAAAAAUACCACGUAACGCAUAAUGGUGCUAAAAGCAGCGAUGUGACUUGGAAUGCCUUGAGGGAUGAGAUCGGAAAGGAAUUAACGGAUCUUUUAAAAGAUAUGAACGAGGCUACAAAGCAGAAGGACGUUGAACAGUACUGCAAAGAUGACAGCAAAUGGAAUACUAAGGGCCAUACAGAAAGGCGAACAAAUAGGGCAGCUUGUUUGCAUUUUGCUGCAGGACUGCAGCACAUUUAUGGCCGUCCCAACGGCCCUAAGGUGGGCCCUGUUAAUGGCCCAUCGUUUGGACAAACGAUGGGUUGUUUAUUUCUUAAAGAGUAUGCAAAACAAUUGGAAAAAAUGGCAAACGAGAAGAAAAGAGGACAUAGUUGGGUACAUCCUCUUUGUGACAUAGAUAAGGGCAUAAAACAUGCUUUCAGCAAAAGUGAAAAAAUUAUGAAGAGUGUAUUAGAUGAAUGUAGCAGUGGUCCUAAUGGUAUUUCUUGUUUUGAAUGCAAAUGGGCCAAUAACGAUUAUGAUAAAUGCAACAUUGGCAAUGACAGUGUAAAGUCCAAAGUUGAAGCAGUGUUCAAAGACGAACCAAACAAAGACCAUAUGGAAAAAACAUUGGAGAAUACAGUCUGUCCCAUCCUUCUUACGGACCUCCUUACCCCUUUUCUUCCUUUGGCUCCUGUCUCUAUUGGUCUUUCUGCUAUGGCUUAUUACCUUUGGAAGUAUUUUGGUCCUCUUGGUAAAGGAGGACCACGUUUCAGAAGAUCUCCUGCUGAAAUUCCUGGUCCAUCCGUACAAGAACACCUACUCGAUCAUGUGGAAGAAGCUGGUCCACAUGAAUAUCGAUUGGUGAAGGAACGAAAACCUCGUUCUGCUCCAACGAGGACGAAACGUUCUGGUGGUGUGAAUCGCCGCACCAUUAUUGAAAUUCAUUUUGAAGUGUUAGACGAAUGUCAAAAAGGCGACACACAAUUGAACCAGAAAGAUUUUCUGGAACUUUUGGUUCAAGAGUUCAUGGGAUCCGAAUUAAUGGAAGAAGAACAGGUUCCUAAGGAAGAAGUUCUUAUGGAAGCGGUUCCAAUGGAAGGUGUUCCAAUGGAACUUGUUCCUAUUGAAGAGGUUCCAAUGGAACGUGUUCCAAGUUUAGGUUCCGGGUUACUGGUUUAA